GUACUGUACUACAGAAAACACGUAAGUGAACAGGGAAAUUAUAGCACGUGCGGCAUAGACCUAACCGUGUAGGUAUUUUUGUAUAUUUCGGACGUUUGAUUGAUUCGCUCCUAAAUCGAAGCUUGGAUAAUUGUUAAAAUCAAUAAAUCUUUAAAUUGAGAUGGAUGUUUCCGAUAAAUUUGAAAACAAGUUGAUGGACAUUAAUCAAGGAUCGAGUUCAAAGAAUGAUAUUAUAAAGAAGUUCGAUGACUUGGCCGAUACGUUUGAUGAGUUUUCAAAGGGAAGCGGUUAUACUGCACUGAAAUAUUGCAGCACCCUACUCUCAAAGCAUAUACCUGACAGAAAGGCCAACAUUCUUGACUUUGGAUGUGGGACCGGACUUGUAGGCGAACAGCUGUAUCAACUUGGCUUUCAAAAUAUUGAUGGGUUUGAUUGUGCCCCCAAGUGUUUGCAAGUUGCUGAAAACAAACAGAUAUUCAAACGAUUGUUCUGUGAAUUUUUUUCUGGACAAACUCUGAAUUUAGCCACAGAUUUCUAUGAUGGAUUGAUAUGCGUUGGCGGUUUCUUCCCGUCGGGUUUGAAGGCCAACUGUUUUAGAGAAUGGAUACGUAUCGUUAAGCCAGGAGGUUACAUACUGAACGCCAUGCGGAGAAGCUUUUUAGAAACCUGCCUCGACUUCAAUGAUGGAAAACUAGAAGGCGAAAUGAAAGCUUUGGAGUCUGAUGGGAAAUGGAAACUGAUCUUGACAGAAGAAUUUGAGGCUGGUCGCAAAGAAUGGAAUAUGAUUUUAUUUCUUCACCAAAUUUUAUAACUAUUAGUUUGAUUCCACAGAAGUACUUGGUUUUUUUUACUGAAAUAUUAAUUUUGCAGUUGUUGUUUUCAACAUUACGAAUAAUCUAGUGAUACUAAGUUAUUACCAUAGUAUUAUAUUUAUUUUUAAUGAUUUUUAUGGGUUCAUGUUUAGUUGGUAAUGUUAUGUUUCGGGGAUUGCACUGGGACUGAUUUGGCUCGAGUCGUCCCCAACACUCAGAGUACGAGUCACAGCACAACGAUUACUUUCCUUUCAAACUUUAUUAACGAACUGCAUAACAAAAGAAAUCAAGAAAAAAGAAAAUAGCAAAGGAAAAGAGCACUGCAAAGAUAUAAAUAACAUGCAUAAUAUUACCGUAUGUAUCGUAUGACCAUCAAUAUGCAAUUUAUGCUGCAAUUUAAGUUACCUUAAUUGAAUGUACAUUGACAAAAACACAUCAUUUUAUAAACGCCAAUAAGUAAACAACUCGGUGAAACUACACCGGCAAAACAUUGAAUAUUAAACCGUUCAAACUCAAC